UUUUUUAUCUCCUCUAUUGGUGGCUUAUGGUUUCAUUCAGCAUUGCAAUUUUACUGUUUAUAAAUAGUUUAACUUGAUUCCACUGCUGGGCGUGCAUUGAAAUUUGUGGUUUAGGGGAUAUCAUUGACAUCCUUAUCAUAGUAGCUUCAUUUCAUGAAUUUUCUUCUGAAUAUGGCUCCAAUGAUUUUUUUUUUUUUAACCAAGAUGACAGGCUUGAUGUCAUGUCCUUUUAAUAUAUAUAUAUAUAUAUAUAUCAAGGGAAAUAUACCUCUUUCGUAUACAACCCAAACCAAGAAAGAGUGAUACGAUCUUUCCUUGACCCUUCAUUUGGAUUAGGAAGAAGAUAGAGAGGAAAAAAACUAGGGGAGAAAAGUAAAAUAAAAUGACAUUUUCCCUCCCUAGAAUAACGUAUGUUUUUCUUUAGUUUUCCCCCUCUCUAGGAGAAAAUGGGGAAAACAAGGGUGAAAAAUAUUUUUUCCUCUAGUUUUUCUCCCAUGAUUUUCUUUCCUCCUUAUUUUCUUCCCAUUUCAAACGAAGUCUAAGAGUCAAAUUUGAGAAUGCUGAUACGACCUGAACCAAAAAACUUAAAUUAAUCAACUGCUGACAUGGCAUAUUCUCAUGCAUUUGGCAUUUACUGACACACAUCAGCUUUCUAACAAAUACAAUGGUACAACUCAACCUCCUAUCAUUACUAUCUGAAAUAGCUUCCUGAAAAAUACCAAUUCUAAUUAUGAAGCACAUAACAAACUCUCUAAAAAACAUGGAAUUGAUUACUCUAAAGUCCUUUUAUUGGUUUGGCCAAAAGAAAAGUCUUUUUCACUUAUUUCUUUAUCAUCAGUAAGACAAGUUUAUGUAUAUCAGAACAUUUCAAGGAUAAAUUCUCAAAGCUAUUUGUUAAUCCCCCACAACUUACCAAAAUAGUGGUAUCAAAGCUAGUAGUAUAGUUAAAUUUUUUUUAGUUUUCAGUGAAAAUUUGAUGUUAGUCCAAAAGUUUGCAAUCAGAAUAUCCUCAAGAUAACCAGUGCAGAAGAAACGUCAGGUCAAUAAUUCUCCAAAUUAGCAGCAUUGAAAAUGCUCAAUGGAAUCCUCCUCUGUCAGGUUAUUUAUGGAUUGAUGUAGAUGUCUCAGUCGCCCCAUCCCAUUAAGGGGCCUGCAGAGGAAUAAUCAGGAACAUAAAUGGCUUAUGGAUCCUUGGAUUCAAACACAAUCUGGGAUUUGUUUCUUGCACAGAUGCAGAGCUACUUGCAAUCUAAACGGAACUCAAAGUUUGCCAACAGAAUCAGCUCACAAAGAUUAACAUCUUUUCUCACUCCCUUGAAUCCAUGAUUGUAACCAGGACCACCAAUUGUGGAAUGUGUUGAAAUUCCGUCCUUUGGUCUUCAUCGUACUCAAGGAGACGCAAUUAUUUGCUCGGAUCUGAUUGCCAAGGGUGCGCAUGAUGAGCACGCUAGUCUUGUUUGCAGUCUGUGAUUCUUUAAUUCCUGAUGAGUUUUUCUGAACUGAAAUUCCCUAUUUUGCAAUCAAGAUUUCCUUGCCGGUCUGAAUUGAGCUUCAAUCUCCGUCGUUCUCUUUCCGAUACGACACUGUUGUGCUGCCGGAGAUGGCGAUUGAGAAAUACAAAACCCUGCAAAUUGUACAGCACAACCCAAAAUCUUCCGUCUUCUACCUUUACAUGAAUCGUCCUUCACAACGCAAUGCUCUCUCAUCUGAUUUCUUUACCGAAUUCCCCAAAGCUCUCAAUUCUCUUGAUGACAACAUCCAAGUCAACGUCAUCAUCCUUUCCGGUUCCGGCAACCACUUUUGCUCUGGUAUCGACCUCAACUCGCUUAGCUCUAUCUUUAGGGACCAUUCAUCCGGUGAUCGAGGCCGCUCCGGGGAGAAACUCAGACGGCACAUCCUGGGCUUGCAAGAUGCCGUCACUGCCAUCGAACGGUGCCGGAAACCCGUGAUUGCCAGUAUACAAGGUGCUUGUAUCGGUGGUGGAGUCGACAUCAUUACCGCCUGUGACAUUAGAUUUUGCACCAAGGAUGCCUUCUUUUCGGUGAAAGAGGUCGAUUUGGCCAUCACGGCCGACCUUGGAACUCUACAGAGGUUGCCGAAUAUAGUCGGGUACGGUAAUGCUAUCGAGUUGGCUUUGACGGCUAGGAGAUUUUCGGGUCUGGAAGCAAAGGAGUUGGGUCUAAUUUCUCGAGCUUUCGAUUCUAAAAAUGAAUUGGAUGAAGCUGUGCGGGAUGUCGCUGAGGCAAUUGCUGCCAAAUCACCCCUUGCAGUCAUUGGGACAAAAGCUGUGUUACUUAAAAGUAGGGACUUAACUGUGGAGCAAGGGUUGGAUUAUGUUGCUACUAAAAACUCUGCAACUCUGCUAUCCGAUGAUUUGCAUGAAGCAGUGUUGGCACACAUGCAGAAACGGAAGCCAACUUUUUCCAAGCUGUGAAUGUGUUAAAUGUUGCAAAUGCUUGGUUCUUAGUUGCUUUUUCAGAAUAUUUAUCCAAAAGAGAACCGUAAGAUUUCUCAUCAUAAGAUACUUUCCUUUUGUUGCUGCAAGUGCUCUUAGCAUGUUAAGGGAGAAAAAUCACGAGCUUGAUGAUAUUGUUGACGAUUGAUGUACUACUGAUCAUCUUCGUCUACUUUCAUAGUUCCUUCUUGUAGUAAUACACCUUAUGUUGGAACUACUGAUACAAGUUCUACUUGUUUCAAGUUCAAUGGGUGUACUUAUAACAUUCUAAUUAAUAUAAGUUAUUGUAACUAAUGGAGAAGUUGAAAUUUUUUAUCGCUAAAUGUUAAAAGGUCACCUACUAUGCCUAUUUAUAGCCA